GCAGAGACCGAGGCUGCUGGCCCCGAGAGAGCGAGGGCCAUGGAGGCCAGCAUGCCGAAGCGGAAGGAGCCUGGCAAGUCCCUGCGCAUCAAAGUCAUCUCUAUGGGCAACGCCGAAGUGGGAAAAAGCUGUAUUAUAAAGCGAUACUGUGAGAAGAGAUUUGUGUCUAAAUACCUUGCAACAAUUGGAAUUGACUAUGGAGUCACGAAGGUACAAGUCAGAGACAGAGAAAUCAAAGUUAACAUCUUUGAUAUGGCUGGAGAUCCCUUCUUCUACGAGGUUCGUAAUGAGUUUUACAAGGACACACAGGGUGUGAUACUGGUCUAUGAUGUUGGGCAGAAAGAUUCCUUUGAUGCCCUUGAUGCAUGGCUGGCAGAAAUGAAGCAAGAUCUUGGACCUCAUGGAAACAUGGAAAAUAUUGUAUUUGCAGUGUGUGCCAACAAGAUCGACUGUGCUAAGCACCGCUGUGUUGAUGAAAGUGAAGGACGUCUUUGGGCUGAAAGCAAGGGGUUCCUGUACUUUGAAACUUCGGCUCAAACUGGAGAAGGAAUCAAUGAGAUGUUCCAGACCUUUUAUCUAUCCAUAGUUGAUUUAUGUGAAAAUGGCGGAAAACGUCCUAACACAAAUAGCAGUGCUAGUUUCACCAAAGAACAAGCAGACACCAUUCGCAGAAUUCGAAGUAGUAAGGACAGUUGGGACAUGUUGGGAGUCAAACCUGGGGCCUCGAGGGAUGAAGUCAAUAAAGCAUAUCGGAAACUUGCUGUGCUGCUUCACCCUGACAAAUGUGUAGCACCUGGUAGUGAAGAUGCCUUCAAAGUCGUUGUGAAUGCCCGAACAGCCCUCCUGAAAAACAUCAAGUAGAAAAUAGGAAAAAAAGACAGGUGUAGGCCUCAAGUCCAAGCAGACUUUCUCUGGUGGUAAAAUAGCCAACAUGGGUUUUUCCUCCACAAAAUUCUUACAGCCCUUUUCACUCACGUGCUGUCAUUUGUAAAUCAGUAAUUUGGGUGCCUGUUUCCAUGUCACAGACAUUUUGCAGAGAGACAAAAUGAAGAGAACCGAGUGCCACUUAUACACUAUCGUUCAUUUUCUAUUUCUGAAUGAUGAUAGAUUUUUUUUUUCUCAUGAGUUGGUAAGCUCUGUCAGUAUAGCAUCGCUUAGGCACUUUGCUCAGGAAAGUCCACGAAGUUUCUGGAAGGAUAGGAGGAUCUUUUUGCUUUUUCUUUAUUAAAAAACAUUCAUCAUCAGAGGAAAAAAAACAAAAAUGGAAGCAAACAUAGCAGAACCCCUGAAAGUAUGGUGACCUUGCAAGCAAGUUGCCCCUUUACAAUAAGUUUCUUAGGUAAUAUUUGCAGCAUCAGUCUGCUUAAUUAAUGCAUGAACUCUUGG